AGAAAUUCUGGUAUUAUUUUUUGUCAGAAGAGAGACACAACUAUAAACCUUGCUAAUAUAUUAAAUUCUAUGGGAAUUUCAGCAGUAGCUUAUGAUACUCGAUUUAAAAUUCGAACACGUCUUAAAAUUCAACAUUUAUGGAACUCUGGUGCAGUUAGUAUUAUUAUCGCAACUAAUAAUUUUGGUAUAGGAGUUUCCAAGCAAACAGUCAGAUUUACUGUACAUUGGUAUGCUCUUUCAAGUAUUGCAAAUUAUUAUCAAGAAUCAGGAAGAGCUGGACAUGAUGAUGUAUGCAUGCAGUAAUAUCUAAAUAUUUUGGAAAUCAAGUACCAAUUUGCAAAUAUCGCUGUAAUGUUUGUAAAAAUAAAGAAGCUGCUAAAGAAAGUCUACUACAAUUAAAU